UGGUUCAAGCAGUGGAAGAAGUACGUGGGCUUCGACAACUGGGAGAUGUUCGGCGCGGGCGAUCCCAGCCUGUUCCCGGGGCCCGUGGACAACGCGGGCCUGUUCCCGGGGCCCAUCGACAACUCGGGCCUGUUCGACGAUCCGGAAACUCAGAGUUUGAAAGAACACCUCAUUGAUGAGCUGGAUUACGUGUUGGUGCCCACUGAAGCCUGGAACAAACUAGUAUCGUGGUAUGGCUGCAUAGACGGGCAGCAGCCUAUUGUGAGGAAAGUGGUGGAGUAUGGGCUGUUUGUGAAGCACUACAAGGUUGAAGUUUAUCUCCUGGAGCUGAAGCUGUGCAAGAGCAGCGACCCCGACAAUGUCGUCAGCUGCCACUUCAGCAAAGCAGAUACUGUGGCUACCAUCGAGAAAGAAAUGAGAAAACUAUUUAAUAUCCCAGCUGAGAAGGAAACCAGGUUAUGGAACAGGUAUAUGAGUAACACCUAUGAACAGCUCAGCAAGCUGGAUAGCACAGUGCAAGAUGCAGGGCUCUAUCAGGGUCAGGUGGUUCUAAUAGAAGUGAAAAAUGAAGAUGGCACGUGGCCUGGACAGCAUUUCCUGGCAAAAUCAAGCACUGCAACUAGCAGAAACUUUACUACCUCUUCAAAAUCAUCAUCAAGUUCUUAUUCCUCAGUGUCUGCCACUUCUGUCAUUACUAACGGUGAUAGCAGUAACUCCUAUGGACUGAACAGCUCCCACCUGGGCAGGGGAGGUUCUGGAUUUGUCUGUAACUCUUACAACUGCAGGGACAGUGCUUCCCUGUCACAGCCUGGACUUUGUGGACUCAGUAACCUUGGAAACACCUGCUUCAUGAAUUCUGCAUUACAGUGUCUGAGCAAUACUCCUCCUCUGACUGAUUAUUUCCUGGAAGAUAAAUAUGAAGCUGAAAUAAAUCAGAACAACCCACUGGGGAUGAGGGGAGAGAUUGCAGAAGCCUACGCGGAGCUCAUUAAACAGAUGUGGUCUGGGAGACAGUCCCACGUGGCCCCACGGAUGUUUAAAACACAGGUUGGCCGAUUUGCUCCUCAGUUUUCAGGAUACCAGCAGCAAGAUUCCCAGGAACUCUUGGCUUUUCUUCUAGAUGGCUUGCAUGAGGAUUUGAACAGAGUGAAGAAGAAGCCCUACUUGGAGCUGAAGGAUGCCAAUGGCAGACCUGAUUCGGAGGUGGCAAAAGAGGCCUGGGAGAAUCAUAGGCUGAGGAACGAUUCUAUCAUUGUGGAUAUUUUUCAUGGUCUUUUCAAGUCUACCCUUGUUUGUCCCAAAUGCUCCAAAGUUUCUGUGACCUUUGAUCCCUUCUGUUACUUAACCCUCCCACUGCCCUUGAGGAGAGAUCGUCUCAUGGAAGUUACCCUGGUAUAUGCAGACCCACAGCGUAGACCUGUCCAGUACCGGAUUGUGGUGCCGAUGAUGGGGGCCAUCUCAGAUCUGUGUGAAUCACUUUCCAAACUCUCUGGUGUUCCUGCAGAAAAUAUGGUGGUGACAGACGUGUAUAAUCACCGGUUCCACAAAAUCUUCCAAAUGGAUGAAGGGUUAAAUCAUAUCAUGCCAAAAGACGACAUCUUUGUGUAUGAAGUUUGCAAGCCAAGUGAGGACAGCUCAGAGUAUGUUACUCUCUCUAUUUACUUUCGGGAGAAGACGACAAGACAAUCCAGCAACACUGCAGGGACUGUGCUCUUUGGGCAGCCUCUGCUCAUAUCUGUGCCCAAACACAAGCUCACUGUGGAUCACCUGUACAGUGUGGUUUUGAAGCAGAUCAGCCGCUAUGUGAAACUCCCUUUGGCAGAAGAAUACUCUACACCCUGCCCAGACAGAGGGACCUGCAAUGGCUCCAAUGGGGUGGUUGAAGGUGACAUUGAAGAGAUGGAGCAUCAGGAUGGUGGAGAGGAAGGCAAGGAAAAGCUGACUGAAGCUGAUCCCUGCCACUCCGAGGGUUGUAUGCAGGUGGAGGCAGCAAGAGACCUGCAGCCUUGCAAGAAACAGCAUUUCACUUUUAGCCUCGUGAAUUCCUCUGGGACCUCUGAGAUAAACUCCAUUGUUGAAGGAAAAAUCUUAAAACUGAGUGCUUUUUCUGCAGUUGCUAUUGACUGGGAUUCUGAUACACGGAGGCUACUUUAUGAUGAACAGGAGGCACAGGCAUUUGAAAAACAUGGCAGCAUGCUACAACCACAGAAGAAGAAGGCUGUAGUAGCCCUCAGAGACUGCAUAGAGCUCUUCACUACUAUGGAAACACUUGGUGAACAUGACCCAUGGUACUGCCCUAACUGUAAGAAACAUCAACAGGCCACAAAGAAGUUUGACCUGUGGUCUUUGCCCAAGAUUUUGGUGGUGCAUUUAAAACGCUUCUCAUACAGCAGAUACUGGAGGGAUAAACUUGACACUGUUGUGGAAUUCCCUAUCAGGGGUUUAAACAUGUCCGAGUUUGUCUGCGACCCAAGAGCAGGCUCGUAUGUGUACGACCUCAUUGCAGUUUCCAAUCACUAUGGAGCCAUGGGAGUGGGCCACUACACUGCCUACGCCAAGAACAAAGUGAAUGACAAGUGGUACUACUUCGAUGACAGCAGCGUAUCAGUGGCUUCAGAAGACCAAAUAGUGACAAAAGCUGCGUAUGUGCUGUUUUAUCAGCGCCGAAACAAUGAGGAACAUAGUGCCCCAUGUCCUCCCCAGGAAGAGUGUGACGGCAUGGACACCAACUAAGCAUCACCUCCAGCCACCAUGGUAGCAGUUCCUCUUCUAAAGCAAUGCCUGAGGCAUCUGAAAAUUUUCCUUCCUUCUGUAGGGGUCAAGCAGAAGAUCGAGCGCUGUAAGAUUCAGUGCUGGGGGUUGCAGAGUAGCACUGGAGAGCCAGGAAUAGGUGCUGACACUUGGGUAUUUAGAGGCCAAAAAUAAUAUAUAUUGGAGCUUCAAUAAAGUUCUUUUUAAAAUCUGGCUGAGCUGUGUGGCUAGAGGCAGGGGUUGGGGCUGUGGUUCUUGGUUGUAGUUGGGGUCGGGAGAGGACAGUCUGAGCUGGAGGCCAGUCACAGCUGAGCCUCGCAGGGGCCCGGGGAGGAGUGUGGUGGGUACGAUUCUGUGAAUCGGCACUGGGGCUUCCUGCCAACUCUGGUGUUGCUUUUGGGCCCUGCCUGUGUCAGGGAGGCUCCUACACCCUUUCUGGAGCUCAAUUCAGAUCUUUGUACACCUGGCCUGUCUGCUGCAGUCUCUGCCAUUGUACCUUGGUUCCCUGGCUAAGCAGCAAACAUUUUUCUUGCUUCCAUCCUUUUCACUGAUGCAUUUUAUGCUCUUCAGGGCAGUUUUGACUCAGCCUUUUUCAUGUGAACACUGAAUCCUCUAAUGUAGGAACCUUGGCCAGAAGUGACUCAUACCUGCCCGUGGUGUGGCACAUAUGCAGGCUGAUCUGGCUCCUGUUCUUCUGCAGAGAAAAUACCAUCCAUAACACUGAUGAUUUCUUGUCUUCUCCAUCCAUCUCCUACACCCCUCACUUCCGGGCUGCUCUGUAAAGCACUUUUCUGCCUCCGGCUUUUCUCCUAUGGUUUGUGCCGUGACAGCAUUUUUAUCCUUUUUUGCUUGUUUAUGUGGUUCCUUGGAGCUUUUUCUCCAGCCAGGCUCAGCACUGUGUCACCUGUAAGUGUGACAGCCCAAUGCAAUGGAUUGUGUGAGUUUUCAGCCUUUUCUCUUGCAACUUUGGUUUUUUUUGGACUGCUUUUUCAGCCUUCCUCCUCCUCCCUUGAGCGCUGCCCUUUAGAUCCCCACCUUUUCACCUUUUGUGGGGCUGCAGGUGUGACAGUCCUGUCCCAGCUCCUCUUUGCCUUUGCUGUUCAAUGGUUCUGUUCUAUCCUUUCGGCUCAAGUGGCAAAUGCUCUUCCCUCUGUCCUCCUUUGCUGUCUGUGGUACUUGUAAGACUCAAGUCUAGCUUUCUUCUUGAAUGUGGACUCCUGUGAGUCUCUCCUUGGUGGAGACCUGGUCUUCCAUGUGAAAAAUGGGAAAAAAUCUAGAGCUUUAGCCUGUGUUUUUUUAGGGACAAAUCUAGCUCAAUGACAAACCAAACAGGAGGGUUUUUCUUUCUUGGAGAAGGGAGGGCUGCCUCUAGCCAGCAUGCUACUGGUGUGAUCCUCUGUGGAAUUUUGCUUUUAAAACAUUGAAAUUUGAAUUUUGAGAUCACAAUUGCUUAGUUGCUUCUGCUGUUCUGGUGGAGUUUUUUUGUUUUGUUUUUUUGCAACUCUUAAUAUUGUAUUUCUUUUUUUUUUUUCCUCAUUACUGAUGGGAGCAUCCAAAAAGCAAUUUUUAAGCUGUAGCACUGCACUGAAAUUACUCUAAUCAGCAUUUUUUUGUUCGUUUUAUCCUAAAAGUAAGUCAUAUGGGCAUUCCAAAAUAGAGAAUAGAGGAAAGGGAGGGGAGUACAAGUCCUUUUUAAAAGAGAAAUCAAUCUGAAAUAGCCUUUGUUCUCCUUCUCGCCUCCCUGCCUGUGCUGACACAGAAAAGCAUCGUGGGGCUAAAUCUGUGAUGCUCAGAUGCUGAACAGACUCUGUUGUACUGCAGAACAAGUGGCCCAGCUCUUGCUUUCUCUGCCUCUGAGCUGCUGGGCUUCAGCUGAUGUGUGUGUGCUGUAAUACCAGACUGUUUUUUUAGACUAGCACUUUGUAAGUGGCUGGCUCUGUUGUACAAAGAGGAAAAUUAAAGAGUGGUUUGCACUGAAA